AUGGCCUCCAGAAUGGCUUGGUUAGCGAUGACGUAUGAGAGCUUGAGGAAGGGGCAGAGGUCGAAGAAAUGGCGCCGGGCGAGGAGGGCGGCGGACGCGGGGGAGGGGGCGGCAGUGGUGGCGCCGCCGACACCGGCGGUGGUGGUGAUGGCCCGGAAGAUGCCCGGCCAGGAGGAGCGGAGGAGGCGGCGGGCGAGGGCGUCGGUGAAGAGAGCAGCGAUGCGCUGCAUGGUGUCGCCGUCGGGGGAGGCGCCGAGGAGGGCGAUGUGUUCCAGGCAGGCGUUGGCGUGCUCGAGGUCGCCGGCGGCGACGUAAUUGGCGCAGUUGAGGAGGAGGUGGAUGAGGAAGAUCCCCCGCUCGUCGGACUUCAUUUCCUGGGCCGCCGGCGGCGAGCCGCGGCCAGCGGCAAGCGCGGUCCGGGAGAUGGACAUCAGGGAGAGGAACUGCAGCGGGGACGACGCCACCGAAGACGACCCUUCGUCCAGCACUGCCAUUCCCACCAUCAACCCCCCCGCCGCCGCCGCCGCCGCCCCAGCUCUCUUUCUCUCUCCCUCUCUCUCUCUCUCUCUCUCUCUCUCUCUCUCUCUCUCUCUCUCUCUCUGUUCCUCCUCCUUCCGCCGCCGGGCCGCCUCGCCUGGUUCAGACCGGAAGCAGUGCAGGGCCUAGUGGAAGAUGGUGGGGGAAUCGAAUUCUCCUUGGUCUUGCUGUGCACCAGAAGCUAUAGGAAAACGACCAGGAGGGUGGGCAGGAAGAAGCCGAGCCAAAAUCCCUGUCAAAAGCCAGAGAAAGAGAGAGAGAGAGAGAUGGCAGAGAGAGGAUGGAUAACCAGUAG